CCAGCGAGAGGAACUUGAAAGGGGGGUUGUGUAAUGUACCUUUUCCAAUCCCGGGCUGUAUAUGGAGAUUUGGGAUUCUUUAAACCGGCGCUACCUGGAUUUUAUUAAAAAGCGGGGAGCUCGGCGGGAGGAAAGCUGGCUUUUCCGGGGGCUGCGGGAGCCGGGCUGCGGGAGGGCGGAGGAGUUGGCGCGCCGAGCGCUCGGCCCAGGGAGCGGUUUUCUACCAAAAAAAGGAAAGGCGGGCAAAAAGUGUGAAGCGGCUGCGGGUGGCGGAGGGGAGCGGCGGCCGCGGGAUGGCGGGCAGCACGGGCGCCUAGCCGCGCCGGGAGCCGGGGCCGCCGCCGGAGUCGCUGUCGCCGGAGCCCGGAGCCGAGAGCCCUGCCGCGCCAGACGUUGUGUGCGCCACCUCCCGAAGCUCCGCCUGGUCGCCCGGAGGGGUUCCACCGCCCGCUGGCCGUGCCCCCCGGGCCUCGGGCGGCCCGCCACCGAGUGCAAGCCGCGGCCAUGCAUGCCACGGAGCCCCCGCCACCCGAGGACUCUGGGACUACGUCGAGGCUGAACUUUUAGGUCCCACGGAGUGAGGCCCGCGGGCCGGGUGGGGGGCUGGCCGUGGCACUCCCUCGGAGGAUGGAUGGCCGAGACUUCGGGCCCCAGCGGUCCGUGCAUGGCCCCCCGCCGCCGCUGCUGUCCGGCUUGGCCAUGGACAGCCACCGCGUGGACGCGGCCACUGCCGGACGCUUGCCCGCCUCCGGCUUGCCCGGCCCGCUGCCGCCCGGAAAAUACAUGGCCGGCCUCAACCUCCACCCGCACCCGGGCGAGGCCUUCUUGGGCAGCUUUGUGGCCAGUGGGAUGGGGCCCUCAGCCUCAUCCCAGGGAAGCCCAGUACCCCUGCCCUCUGAUCUCUCCUUCCGCUCCCCCACCCCCAGCAACCUGCCCAUGGUGCAGCUGUGGGCUGCCCAUGCCCAUGAAGGCUUCUCCCACCUGCCCAGCGGACUGUACCCCUCCUACCUCCACCUGAACCACCUGGAGCCCCCCAGCAGUGGGAGCCCCCUCCUCAGCCAGCUGGGCCAGCCCAGCAUCUUCGAUACCCAGAAAGACUGCUUCUACCUGCCCACUCCAGGGGCCCCCAGCGCCCUGCACUCCCACACACCGUCCUCCAGAACAACUAGCGGCCACUCCUCGGGCUCACAGGCCAAAGGCUCAGUGUCAACACGUGAAGGGACAACCAAGGAGCGCGCAGGCCGCAGCGGGGAGCCCACGCUGUUCGGCAAGAAGGACCCACGGGCACGCGAGGAGGCUGCUGGGCCGCGCGGCGUAGUGGACCUGACCCAGGAGGCUCGGACUGAGGGCCGCCCGGACCGAGCACCUGCGCGCCUGGCCGAGCGCCUGUCCCCCUUUCUGGCUGAGGGCAAGGGCAAAGGCGCACUGCAGGCGUCCGCGCUGGGCAUGUGCAACGGCACAGUGGACGCGGGGCUGGGGGCCAAGGAGGCAGCCCGGCAGGACGAGAGCAUGCGGUUGCUGCGACGCGCGGAAGCCCUGAUGCCCGUGCCAAGACCCUGCCCCUCGCCGCUGCCCCCACCGCCGCCGCUGCCCCCCAAAGGGACCCCCGGACCUCCCUCCUCGGCGCCCGCCGGCGUCUACACCGUGUUCCGUGAGCCCGGACGAGAGCACCGCGUGGUGGCGCCCACCUUCGUGCCUUCCGUGGAGGCCUUUGACGAGCGUGCAGGGCCCAUCCAGAUUGCGUCGCAGGCGCGUGACACCCGCGUGCGUGAGCGAGAGCGGGAGGCAGGGAGGCCCGGGGUGCUGCAGGCGCCCCCCGGGUCCCCGCGGCCCGAGCGCCCAGAGAUCCUGCGCGAGAAGAACUCGGUCAUCCGCUCGCUGAAGCGCCCACCACCGCCUGCCGAUGCGCCCCCGGCCCGCACCGCGCGCGCCUCCCCGGAUCCGCGCGUCUACUUGCCUCCCAAGGAGCUACCCAAGCCGGAGGCGGACCCGCGGCCGUGCGAGCGCGCACCCCGAGGGGCCCUGCAGCCUGCCAAGCUCUUUGGCCUGGAUCCUGCGCGCGCGCCCGUGCCCCCAGGGCCUGAGCCCAAGUGGAAGAAGCCCUUUGAGCUGGGCAACUUCGCCACGACGCAGAUGGCUGUGCUUGCUGCGCAGCACCACCACGCCAGCCGCGCCGCGGAAGAGGAUGCCUCCAAGAAGGCAUACCUGGACCCCGGGGGCGCGCUCCCCCGUGCCCGGCCCGGCACAGACCUGCACCCUGCGGCGCCGGGAGCCCAUGGACCCGGGGAGGCCUCCGCGAUGCAGAGUCUCAUCAAGUACAGCGGCAGCUUUGCGCGAGAGGCGGUGGCCAUACGUCCUGGCGGAUGCGGCAAGAAGAGCCCCUUUGGGGGUCUGGGUACCAUGAAACCGGAGCCAGCGCCCACCUCUGCGGGCACCCCACGUGCCCAGGCCCGACUUCCACACCCUGGGGGUCCUGCCGCGAGUGGGGGUCGGCAGCUGAAGCGGGACCCAGAGAGACCCGAGAGUGCUAAGACUUUUGGGCGUGAGGGCUCUAGUGCCCAAGGGGAGGCCGAGGUACGGCACCCGCCUGUGGGCAUUGCCGUGGCAGUGGCCAGGCAGAAGGACAGUGGUGGCAGUGGCCGGCUGGGGCCUGGACUAGCAGACCAGGAGCGUUCUCUGUCCCUGAGCAAUGUCAAAGGGCAUGGCCGGACCGACGAGGACUGUGCAGAGGACCGGGCCAGGCACCGGGAAGAGCGACUGCUCGGGGGACGGCUGGACCGGGACCAGGAGAAGCUGCUCCGAGAAAGCAAGGAGCUGGCUGACCUGGCCCGCUUGCACCCCACCAGCUGUGCUCCUAACGGACUGAACCCCAACCUCAUGGUGACCGGGGGCCCGACGUUGGCGGGCUCAGGGCGCUGGUCUGCCGACCCCGCGGCCCACCUGGCCACACACCCCUGGCUGCCCCGCUCGGGCAGCACGUCCAUGUGGCUCGCUGGCCACCCCUAUGGUUUGGGACCCCCCUCUCUGCACCAGGGCAUGGCACCUGCCUUCCCACCUGGCCUGGGGGCCUCCCUGCCAUCGGCCUACCAGUUUGUCAGGGACCCCCAGUCAGGCCAGCUGGUGGUUAUCCCCAGUGAUCACCUGCCUCAUUUCGCAGCCGAGCUGAUGGAGCGGGCUGCUGUGCCGCCCCUCUGGCCAGCGCUGUACCCGCCGGGCCGCAGCCCUCUGCACCACGCGCAGCACCUGCAGCUCUUCUCGCAGCAGCACUUCCUGAGGCAGCAGGAGCUCCUCUACCUGCAGCAGCAGGCUGCCCAGGCCCUGGAGCUGCAGCGCAGCGCCCAGAUAGUGCAGGAGCGGCUGAAGGCCCAGGAGCAGCGGGCUGAGAUGGAGGAGAAAGUGAGCAAGCGAAGCUUAGAAGCUGCGGGCAAGGCUGGCCUGGCCACCACGGGCCCAGGGCUGCUGCCUCGCAAGCCCCCUAGCCUGGCCACCGGCCCUGCGGGCGCCUAUAGCAAGACUGUGAGCCCACCACCUUCCCCCCGUGCCUCCCCCGUGGCUGCGCUGAAGGCCAAGGUCAUCCAGAAGCUGGGGGAUGUGGCCAAACCGCCCGCCUAUGCCUACCCCGCCACGCCUCGCUCUCUCCCAAGCAGCCCGCCGCCUGCCUCCCCGCCACCCACGCCCGGCCUCACCCGGAAGGAGGAGGCCCCCGAGAACGUGGUGGAGAAGAAGGACUUGGAGCUGGAGAAGGAAGCCCCGAGCCCCUUUCAGGCCUUGUUUUCAGACAUCCCCCCGAGGUACCCGUUCCAAGCCCUGCCACCGCACUACGGGAGGCCCUAUCCGUUCCUGCUACAGCCCACGGCAGCCACCGACGCCGACGGCCUGGCCCCUGACGGGCCACUUCCGGCCAACGGCCCCGAGCGCCUGGACCUCUCGCCCGAAGACAAACCCAUCUGCCUGUCGCCCUCUAAGAUCCCUGAGCCGCUGCGGGAGUCCCCGGAAGAAGAGCCGCUGCCCGACCGGGAAGUGAAGGCCGAGGUGGAGGACGUGGACGAGGGCCCCGCGGAGUUGCCACCGCUGGAGUCACCGCUGACCCUGCCUGUCCCCGAAGCUAUGGUUGCGGCGAGCCCGGCAGGCAGCUGUGGAGGUGGCCUGCGGGAGGCUCAGGUGCUGGGCGCCACAGGGCAGGGCUGCCCAGAGCCCUCUGAAGACUCAGAUUUUGCAGAGGGAGCCGAGGCGCAGGUGGAGUUGCCGCGGAGAGAGUCCCACACAGCUGUCCUGGAGCUGACGGGCCGGCUGUCGCCUGAGCCCCUGGUAGAGACUAAGGAGGAGCCAGUGGAGGUGCCCCUCGAUGUGCCCCUGGAGAGCCCCGUGGCCGAGGCUGGGCCUGAGGAAGGCCUGGCACAGCCGGCCCUGAGCGAGCCCCAGCCCAGCCUCGAAUUGUUGGACUGUGACCUGUCUGCCAGGGAGGGACAGUGCCCCAAUCUAGAGGCCCAGGAGGCUGUGCCUGUGCCUGCCGGCACCUGCUACCUGGAAGAGGUGACUUCAGACCAGUUCCUGCCUGGCCUGGAGGACCCGCUGGCUGGCAUGAACGCCCUGGCGGCUGCAGCAGAGAUGCCGCAGGCCAGGCCUCUGCCUUCCCCAGACACGGGAGCCCAGGUUGUGGAGAGGCCAGACACUACCCCAAGUCUGGUCCUGGAGCAGGGAUUCCUGCAGGGCAUCACCCUGCUGAGUGAGAUCGCGGAGCUGGAGCUCGAGAGGAGGAGCCAGGAGGUGGGAGGUGCGGAGCCUGGCCCAGCCGUGCGGCCCUCGCUGGAGAGCCUGCUGGCGGCCGGCAGCCACAUGCUCAAGGAAGUGCUGGACAGCCCCUUCGUGGAUCCGCUCAAGAACCUGCGGCUGCCCCGGGAGCUGAACCCCAACAAGAAGUACAGCUGGAUGCAGAAGAAGGAGGAGCGGAUGUUUGCUAUGAAGUCUUCCCUGGAAGACAUGGAUGCCCUGGAGCUUGACUUCCGGAUGCGGCUGGCGGAGGUGCAGCGCCAGUAUAAGGAGAAGCAGCGUGAGCUCGUGAAGCUGCAGCGCCGCCGGGACUCCGGGGACAGGCACGAGGAUCCCCAUAGAAGCUUGGCACGCAGAGGCCCUGGCAGGCCGCGGAAACGGACCCACGCCCCGAGCGCCCUGUCGCCCCCCCGCAAGAGAGGGAAGAGCCACAGCAGUAGCGGAAAGCUGAGCAGCAAGUCCCUGCUGACACCGGAUGACUAUGAGCUGGGAGCCGGGAUAAGGAAGAGACACAAAGGGCCCGAGGAGGAACACGACGCUCUCGUUGGAAUGGGGAAAGCCAGGGGCAGGAACCAGAGCUGGGAUGAACAGGAGGCCUCGUCCGACUUUAUGAGUCAGCUAAAGAUUAAGAAGAAGAAGAUGGCCAGCGACCAGGAGCAGUUGGCAAGCAAGCUAGACAAGGCCCUGUCCCUCACAAAGCAGGACAAGUUGAAGUCACCCUUCAAGUUUGCGGACAGUUCUGGGGGAAAAUCGAAAACUAAUGGGGGUUGUGGCAGGUUCUUAACUCCUUAUGACAGCCUGCUGGGCAAGAACAGGAAGGCUCUGGCCAGAGGCCUGGGCCUGGCCCUGAAGUCCUCUAGAGAAGGUAAACACAAAAGGGCCGCCAAAGCCAGGAAGAUGGAGGUGGGGUUCAAGGCCAGAGGCCAGCCCAAGUCGGCUCAUUCCCCUUUCGCCUCGGAAGUGAGCAGCUACUCCUACAAUACCGACUCAGAGGAAGAUGAAGACUUCCUGAAGGACGAGUGGCCUGCCCAAGGCCCCUCCGGCUCCAAACUGACCUCCUCCCUCCUGUGUGGCAUGGUAGCAAAGAAUGGCAAGCCAGCCACGGGCCCCAAGUUGACCAAGAGGGGCCUAGCGGCCCCCCGGACUCUGAAACCCAAGGCGGCCGCCAGCAGGAAGCAGCCGUUCUGCUUGCUGCUCCGAGAGGCUGAGGCCCGCUUGUCCUGCAGCGACUCUUCGGAGGACUCGUUUGACCAAGAUGAGACCUCCGAGGAGGACGAGGAGGAGCUGGAGGAGGAGGAGGACGAGGCGGCUGGUGGCUAUAGGCUGGGCACUCGGGAACGGGCCCUGUCGCCAGGCCUGGAGGAGAGUGGGCUGGGCCUGCUGGCCCGCUUCGCGGCCAGUGCCCUCCCCAGCCCCAUGGUGGGACCGUCCCUGUCCGUGGUGCAGCUGGAGGCCAAGCAGAAGGCCCGGAAGAAAGAGGAGCGGCAGAGUCUGAUGAGCACGGAGUUCGAGUACACGGACUCGGACAGCGAGGUCAAGGUGCGCCGGCCGCCCCCCACCGCGCUGCUGCGCCCCAAAAAGGCGCCGGGUGAGCCAGGCCCCCCGCUGGCCACGCCCGCACCCUGCGCCCGUGGUCCCAACAGCCCCGAUAAGGCCAAGCUGGCCGCCGACAAGGGACGUAAGGCCCGCAAACUACGCGGGCCCAAGGAGCCGGGCUUCGAGGCUGGGCCCGAGGCCAGCGACGACGACUUGUGGACGCGGCGGCGCAGCGAGCGCAUCUUCCUGCACGAUGCCUCGGCCGCCGCCCCCGACUCCUGCCAAGCCCGGCCGCUGCGCCCGGGGCCCGCCCAGCCCACGCAAGGACAGCGGCCGCGCCCGGGACAGGAAGGACCCCAGGAAGAAGAAGAAAGGGAAGGAGGCUGGGUCUGCUGCCACGCUGCCACCGCCCCGCGUCCCCACCCUGCCCCCUGAGGCCAGGGCCCCUCAUGCCGGCCCACUGGCCCCCGCCAAGAGGAGCAAGGCCAAGGCCAAAGGGAAGGAGGCCAAGAAGGAGAACCGCGGGAAGGGGGGUGCUGUGAGCAAGCUGAUGGAGAGCAUGGCCGCUGAGGAGGACUUCGAACCCAACCAGGACUCAAGCUUCUCGGAGGAUGAGCACCUGCCGCGUGGGGGCGCUGUGGAGCGGCCGCUGACCCCAGCGCCGCGCUCCUGCGUCAUCGACAAGGACGAGCUGCAGGACGGGCUGCGCGUGCUCAUCCCCAUGGACGACAAGCUGCUGUACGCGGGCCACGUGCACACCGUGCACUCGCCCGACAUAUACCGUGUGGUGGUGGAAGGGGAGCGCGGGAACCGGCCCCACAUCUACUGCCUGGAGCAGCUGCUGCAGGAGGCGAUCAUCGACGUGAGGCCGGCCUCCACGCGCUUCCUGCCGCAGGGGACCAGGAUCGCGGCCUAUUGGAGUCAGCAGUACCGCUGCCUCUACCCGGGCACCGUGGUCCGAGGGUUGUUGGACCUGGAGGACGACGGGGACCUAAUCACCGUGGAGUUUGAUGACGGAGACACAGGCAGGAUCCCGCUCUCGCACAUCCGCCUCCUGCCGCCUGACUACAAGAUCCAGUGUGCUGAGCCAUCCCCGGCCCUCCUGGUGCCCAGCGCCAAGCGCCGCAGCAGGAAAACCAGCAAAGACACUGGGGAAGGCAAAGAGGGGGCCGCCGCGGGGUCUGAGGAGCCAGGAGGCAAGGCGCGAGGCCGCGGGCGGAAGCCCAGCACCAAGGCCAAGGGCGACAGAGCCGCUGUCUUGGAGGAGGUGGCCUCCACUGAUGAGGUCCCCGUUACCCCCUUGGCCCUGGAGCCGAUCAGCACCCCAAGUUCCAAGAAGAACCCCCCAGAACCUGUGGACAAGCGGGCCAAAGCCCCCAAGGCCCGCCUGGCUCCCCCGCAGCCCGGACCCGCGCCGUCCACUUUUGCCAGCUGCCCAGCUCCUGAGCCCUUCGGGGAGCUGCCCACCCCUGCCGCGGCCCUGACCCCGGCACCCCUUGUCACCAUGCCCAUCGCCAUACCUGCCACCCGCCCUAAGCCCAAGAAAGCGCGGGCCACUGAGGAGUCGGGGCCCAAGGGCCCGCGGAGGCCGGGGGAGGAAGCUGAGCUGCUCGUCAAGCUGGACCAUGAGGGGGUCAUGUCCCCCAAAAGCAAGAAGGCCAAAGAGGCCCUGCUUCUCCGGGAAGAUGUGGGGGCGGGGGGCUGGCAGGAGCCCAAGAGCCUGCCGGGCCUGGGUGGCCACCCCUCGGCAGCCGGCAGCGGCGAGGCCAAAGCAGCCUGGCCCAAGGGUCUGGAGGGAGACCUCGCCCAGGAGCCUGGGGUGGGGCUCCCAGUGGAGGACCCUGGGGACCCCAAGAGCCCAGACAAGGCCCAGGCCGAGCAGGACGGGGCAGAGGAGUCGGAGAGCAGCAGUAGCAGCAGCAGUAGCAGCAGCAGCAGUAGCAGCAGCAGCAGCAGCAGCUCGGAGACAGAAGGCGAGGACGACGGCGAUAAGACCGCUGGGGACGACCGGGGUGCAGGGGGCCGCACCUGCAGCGCCGCCAGCUCCAGGGCAUCCUCCCCGGCCUCCUCCUCCUCUUCCUCCUCUUCUUCCUCCUCUUCCUCCUCCUCCUCUUCCUCUUCCUCCUCCUCCUCCUCGUCAUCCUCCUCCUCCUCGUCAUCCUCCUCCUCUUCCUCCUCUUCCUCUUCCUCUUCCUCCUCCUCUUCCUCCUCUUCCUCCUCCUCUUCCACCACGGACGAGGACUCCUCCUGUAGCUCGGACGAUGAGGCGAACCCCGCGCCCACGCCUGGCCCCUCCAGCCAGCCAGCGCUGCCCAAGGCUCCCAAGCCAGCCAGCAAGGCCCGCUCCUCGGGCCACUCCUCGGGCAAGAAGGCGCCCGCCGCGCAGCCACCAGCGCCCCCACCCCAGCCCGCGAAGCCCCUGCAGCCCAAAAUGCAGGCUGGGGCCAAGAGCCGCCCCAAGAAGCGCGAGGGUGUGCACCUGCCCACCACCAAGGAGCUGGCCAAGCGGCAGCGCCUGCCCUCCGUGGAAAACCGGCCCAAAAUCGCAGCCUUCCUGCCCGCGCGGCAGCUCUGGAAGUGGUUCGGCAAGCCCACCCAGCGGCGGGGCAUGAAGGGCAAGGCCCGCAAGCUCUUCUACAAGGCCAUCGUGCGCGGCAAGGAGAUGAUCCGCAUCGGGGACUGCGCCGUGUUCCUGUCGGCGGGCCGCCCCAACCUGCCCUACAUCGGCCGCAUCCAGAGCAUGUGGGAGUCGUGGGGCAACAACAUGGUGGUCCGCGUCAAGUGGUUCUACCACCCGGAGGAGACCAGCCCGGGCCGGCAGCUCCAUGAGGGCCAGCCCUGGGACCAGAAGUCUGGCCGCAGCCUCCCCGCGGCCCUGCGGGCCUCCAGCCAGAGGAAGGACUUCAUGGAGCGCGCCCUGUACCAGUCCUCGCACGUGGACGAGAACGACGUGCAGACGGUGUCGCACAAGUGCCUGGUGGUGGGCCUGGAGCAGUACGAGCAGAUGCUGAAGACCAAGAAGUACCAGGACAGCGAGGGCCUGUACUACCUCGCGGGCACCUACGAGCCCACCACGGGCAUGAUCUUCUCCACGGACGGCGUGCCCGUGCUGUGCUGAGCGCCCGGCCUCCGUCACUGCCCCGGCGCGGGACACGCGCGUGUGCAUGUCAGCGCGCCCGUGCCGCCCGGGCAAGUGAGGGUGCGUGCGUGUGCCCGUAUGCAUGCACGUGUGCACACGGCCCGCCCCCUCCGGCUGCGCCCCAAGCACCCUCGAGCUCGCGGGGCGCGGCCGGGGCCACCCAGACCCGGCCGCGAGGGCAGGGUUCCCGAGGAGCCAGGCCGAGCUCUCCCUGCGCAGCGGUCGGUCCGAGGCCCUCACAGACAGCGCCGCGGCCCGCCGCAUCCAGCCGCCGCCGCUGCCGCCGCCGCCGCCUCCGCCUCCGCCGUCUCUGGCCGGCCUGGACUUGGGGCGGGGGAGGGGAGCCCAGCCCCUCACACUACAGACCCCCCAUGGUGCUGACCCCCCCAGCCGCCCGCCCAGCCGGAGGGCGCGGGUCCUUAACCUGUACAGUUUUAUUGUACCGAGAGCGACUCCCCCACCCCUGUAUCAUACGCCUUUAAAUGGAGUCAACUUUUUAACUAUAUAUAUAAAGAUAAAUAUAUAUAAAUAUAUAUAAAUAUAAACUUUUUAAAACUGUGAAAAAAUAGCUAUGAAAUUAUAAGAAAAAAAGCAAACACAUUCUGACGUGCGGAAUAUUAUUUUUUAUUUCCUGUUAGAUUGUGAGUGUCCAGCACCCGGCUUCACUGCCCGGCCCCAGCACCCCGCCCCGUCCCCCCGCACUGUGCUCGCCCCCAGACAGAGGAGGAGGAGGGAGGGAGAGGCGGGGGGCCGUCCGCCCUCGCCCCCUGCCCUCGCUGGGCCAGAUAGCACUUAGCCAGCCCCCGCCUUCUGGAACCAGAACCGGAACCCACCGGAGGCCUCCAGCAGACAAUCUAGGGAAGGGAAAGCCAGACUUUGGUAUUGUUAUUUCGGGGGAAUUAUUGUUUUUCUUUUUUUUUUUAAGUUUCUUUUGGAAUUUUGUUCGUUGGCAAAUUCUGUGUGAUCUUUUUCAUAAAAAAAAGAAAAAAGAAAAAAUUUAAUUGGAAAAAACCA